UACUGAUUCUAAGUGUUUUCACUAGGUUGCCUACCCAUAUGUGGCAAAGCGCCUGUUAACGGAUCCUAAUCCAGCUCUUCGUGAACGCCUCAUACAGGUUCUUUUUAAAGAUGGUGUUUUCCAGUGGAAACGGCUGGAAAAUCUUAUUGUUCUUGCCAAGGAAAAUGUGGCCAAAAUGAGUAGUAACCCUGCACUGCAAGUGAAGAAGAAUGUGCCCAGUUCAAAAAGCUGGCAAACAGUAAGCAAGUUGGGCUUGACAGACAACAUUAAAGAUGGAGCUCGCCUUUUCCUCUUUGAUGAAGGUAUCCGUAGACAGCUUCUUCUUGCUCUGACUGAAGACUCUAAGCUCCAUGUUGAAGAGCUAGUGGAUGUCUAUAGACUGGUUGAAGAUGAGAUAGACGUACCAGCGGUGGCUAGGGAAAUUGUAAGAGAUUUUCCAAAUGUGGUUCGGGGUUUCUUGCUUUCAUGGAGCAACUCGGUUUUAUCUGAUAGAUGAAGCAAAAUUUUGGCACAAACAUUUAUUUUGUAUAGAUAAGUUCCAGUCCAUGCGGUGGAACAAAAGAGCAGUUGGUU